UAUGGCUAUGUUUGUUGUAUUUUUCAAAACGUGAACAGUGAAUUUUGUUUAGAGCUCGAACACAAAUGAGUUUUUCUGAGAGUCCGAAUUCGCAAAGUGAGCAAAAUCAUGAGGAAUUUAAAAAUAUACCUGACGAAACUUUCGGAACAGUUGAACAACAUAGUAUUUUGGAUGAUAACUCACGUACAAAUGAAGUAGAGGUUGAAAAUGAACAAAAUGAUUUGAUUGUUCUUGAUGCAGAUCACCCGUUGAUGAGGCGUUUUCAAGAGUCUUUGAGAAGCAUGCUCACCAAACAUAUUGACAAUACGGAGAUUCACCUGAGGGAGAAAGACGAAGAGAUGAAAAGCGAAAAGACAGCUCACAUUGAAGUUGGUUGCGAUCUGUAUAACCUUCAACAGGAACUCGCAAAGUUUCAGUUAAACUUAGAUAACAAACAUAAUGAAUACGCGGAAUAUCAUGGAAAGUAUGAAAAUGCUCAGAAUAAGCUCACAAAUCUCCGAGAAAAGUACCAAACGUCAGUUAAAACAAUGUUGCAAGAGACUAAAAAAAUGCAUUCUAUGCGUGAUGAAGUUGAUGCAUUAUGUUUGCGAUUAUACUACUUAAAUAAAGCUAAGGAAGAUGUAAGUGGAGAUUUGCUGGUAUUGCAAAGGGCAGUUGAAAAAGUCCACACUGAUUUAAGCAAGUUUGAAGAUGAGAAACUCCGACAGGACCUUUCGGUUGAUCGUAUGCAAACUAAAGUUGACCAACUAAAAGAUGAUAUUACCUUAUAUGAAGCUCAAAUAACAGCUCAAGAAAUUGAAAUGAAUACAAGUCAAAAUCUUUUGUACGAGGCUGAGGCACAAAUAGUUGCUAUAAAUGUUGACAAAGCCCAUUUACUUACUCAGUGGAAAACCAGUUUGCUUGGCCUACAACGUAGAAACGAAGCAUAUGCAGAUUUAUUAGCAGCUUAUAAUAAGCUGAAAGAAGAAUUACUUGUUUUAGAGAAUGAACAAAAUGCAUAUAAGCGUUCAAUUAACAAAGAACAAGAAACACAUGAACAGUUGACAGGACUACAAAAUAAGAAUGAAUCAGACUUGAAUACUUUGCGUAAACAGUUGUUACAUUCAGAAACAAAACUUGAGGCUGAUAAACAAGCUUACACAACAUAUUCAAGAAUCUUACAGGAAACUGAACGUAAUCUUUUCAAUGCUAAAACAGAGAACAAUACUGCUCAAGCAAAUGUAAACAAUAUCCGAAAACAACUUGAGAAGAAGGUAUUAGAGAAACAAGAUUUAGAGAAAAAAAUCUCCGAAGAAUUGAGAGAUCGGUUGACCGCACAAAAAGCUGCUAAUUAUGCUAAUAAAAUCAAUAUAAACAUACAAGAUCAAAGUAGAGAAUUACUAACACAAAUUGUACAAAUGGAAAAUCAGAUUGCUAAAGACGAGUUAGGCGUAGCACAUAAAAAGGCCAGGAAUAAGCAACAACAAGAAAAAGUUAGUGAAUUAGAACGAGAAAUCGAUAACACAAAUCUAUUGAUCACUAAGCUGGAAGGUGAAAUACAUCAUGCUAAUAUUUCAGUCGAACGUAAACAAGGGAACAUUGAUAUAUUAAAUAAGAAAUUGGAACGUUUAAUUCGUGACUGCGGUGGUCAAGAAAUCGGGCCGUUGGAUGCACAAGUAAACAAUUUAAAUAAAGCUAUUGGAUUAAAGCAGGAUGAGAUUGGUGAACUUGAGCAACAAUGGUUAAGAGAACAGAAUGAAUUAGUUGUAAAUAUAAAUGAACGUGAUAAAUUAGCUGAGUCUGUGACGAGAAUAAAUAAACAGUUAUCAAUUUUAACACAGAAGAAAUUACGCAUUGAUAAUGAAAUUGCUAUUCAGGGACGUGAGAAAAAUGAUUUAAAAAAAGAAUUAAAACAUUUACAGAACGAUAUCACUAGAAUAAACACAAUGAUAGCAAAAGAGAAGACAACCGAAGAAUAUUUGGAUAAUGAAAAUAAACUAACUGAAAUAGACUUUAUACGUUCAUUGAAAGAAAAAGAAACAGAAGCAGCCAAUUUGCAAGAAAAAGUGGAUAAAGCUUUAAAAGAUAAAGAAGACUUAUUAAGUGAAUUAGUCGAAGUUGAACGGACAAUUAUGCUGUGGGAAAAGAAAGUACAAUUAUGUGAAGAAACUAAAAAAUCCGUUGAUUGUGAUAUAGGUCAAGGUGAAAUGAAUGUUAUGCGUCAUGAAAUUCAUCGUAUGGAAAUUCGUAAAUCCUCAUUACUUCAACAACAAGAAAGAUUAAUUCAGGCACUAGAACGUUCUGUAUCAAAGCGUGAUACGAUUGUUAAUCAGUCGGAUGUUCUUCAGUCUAGAAAGGACAAAUCACAAAUUCGCAUUACAGCUCAACGUCAUAUUGAUGAACUUAAACGGAAGUUAAAAGCUAUCAAACAGAAUUCUGCGUCUUGUACAAAAGAGCUGGAAGAAUUUGAAGAGAAAACUAAUAUGUUGGAAGAUGAAUUACGUAUAAAGAAAGCUGAUGCUGAAGCUGAGCAAAAGAAAGCUGAUGAAUUGAUGAAAAAAUUGCAGUCACUAUCGGACCAGAAACAGAUUGAUCUUUUUGAGCUUCAAAUGCGUCAACAUGCUACAGUUUAUUGGGAACAAAUAAGACAAGAUAAAUAUCGUCGUCUCUGUCCUUCUGCUACUUCCGCUGAAAAUGAGAGAACCAGACAUAUUAAUCGUUCAAGAAGUUUGAUGGCAAUUAUAGAUCAGUUGGUAACGGAAUUUCCUCAAAUUCAACAGGAUUUAGAACCAGUACGUUAUUUGCUGGAAAAUAAACUGAAAUUCGAAAAUAACAGACUAGAAAUGGAUGUUACUACAGUUGAACCUACGGAAUCUCUGUUAAGUUAACACUACGGAAGAUAAAAUUUUCUAUACAUUUAAUAAUUUAAAAAAUUUAACUGUAAAAUACAUGAUAUUU